AUGAAGUCGUUGAUGGACGAGUUCCAGAAGAAAGCCAAGAGUCAUCAGAAAGUCGAGAGCAUCGCAGACAUGAAGAACUUUGUGGAAACAUAUCCAUUGUUCAAGAAAAUGUCGGGCACGGUGACGAAGCAUGUGACAGUGGUGGGCGAGCUGUCCGCGAGCGUGACUCGCCACAACUUGCUCGAGGUGUCCGAGCUCGAGCAGGAGAUCGCGUGCCAGAGCGACCACUCCAAGCAUCUGCAGCGUCUAAAGAACUUACUAUCAAACGAAGCGGUGCGCCAUCAUGAUGCGGCCAAACUAGUCGCUUUAUACGCCCUCCGAUAUGAGAAACAUGCGAGCAACGCAUUACCGUCACUCAUAGAGGCGCUGAAGACCCGAGGGGUGCCUGAACACCUCGUGAAGGCUGUUGUUAACCUGCUGGAGUAUGGAGGAGCCCAUGCCAGGCAGAGUGAUCUGUUUGGACUACAAGAUGCUGUCAAGAUUACUAAGAGGCUUUUUAAGGGUUUGAGCGGCGUAGAAAACAUCUACACGCAACACACGCCGCUACUCAAAGACACUUUAGAAGACUUAAUCAAGGGAAAACUGCGAGAAAACCUAUACCCAACACUAGGAGGCGACGACGGGGCUUACGGUCGUAGACCACAAGACAUAUUCGUGUUUAUCGUUGGGGGCGCCACUUACGAGGAGGCCCAAUGCGUUCAUCAGAUCAACCAGACGUAUCCGGGAGUCAGAAUAGUUCUUGGCGGUACUACGAUACAUAAUUCAACAUCCUUCUUUGAGGAAGUGAAGGCAGCAAUGCAAGGUGUCCACAGAACACAUACUAGACAUAUUAGAAACGUUUGA